AUUCCGUUUCCAAUGUCACAUGAGAGAGGCGUCUCACGUGAUACGGGUGUUCUUUCUUGGGAAAAUAUUAAUUGUCCCGGCAGCCUUUGCGACUUCCUCUUUUUGCCGACCAUCCAAGAUGUCUAAGCGAGGACGUGGUGGUUCGUCCGGUGCGAAAUUCCGCAUCUCCCUUGGUCUCCCUGUGGGAGCUGUGAUCAACUGUGCAGAUAAUACAGGUGCCAAAAAUCUGUACAUCAUUUCUGUGAAAGGGAUUAAGGGGCGCCUGAACAGACUACCAGCUGCUGGUGUGGGGGACAUGGUAAUGGCUACUGUGAAGAAAGGCAAGCCAGAGCUCAGGAAGAAGGUGCAUCCAGCAGUAGUGAUUCGGCAACGGAAAUCGUACAGGAGAAAGGACGGGGUGUUCUUAUACUUCGAAGACAAUGCGGGGGUGAUAGUAAACAACAAAGGGGAAAUGAAAGGUUCUGCUAUCACAGGCCCCGUAGCCAAGGAAUGUGCAGAUCUGUGGCCCAGGAUUGCCUCCAACGCUGGCAGCAUUGCAUAAACCUAUCCCAUGCUCUUUGUAAAGUUCCAUUAAAAGUGGUUGAACGAAA